AUGGUCGCUGCGCAUCACGACGCUCAAGUGCAUUGUGGUGAAGCGGUGAUGGCCGGUUUGAUGAGUGAACGGCCCUACAAUAUCGGGCUGCCUGAGAGAGUAUCGCAGCUCAUACGAAGGUGUCUAUAUCGCAAGUACGUGAAAAUCCCACGCCAGAUUCAGUGUCCUGAUGGCUCGUCAGUUUUGGAUACCCAACGCAAUGAAGAGGUGCACUGGGACUUCAUAUACCUUGGAGAUGGCUACGGCCAUGCGAUCUACGCAUUGGCUUUAAAGGAAUCUCAAAGUCACUUUUGCGUAUUUGUUAUAUCCUCAAGUCCAAAGUGGAUCUCGGCCGCUGAAAUGCUGACGGACUGGUACAAACAGUACUGA